AUGAAAGCCGCUUUCUUGUCACUUUUCGCCACUUUGCUCACAUUCACCAGUGAAAUCGAAUGCGGAAUGGUGGAAGAUGUUCAGGCGAGGAAAGAGCUUUUCUUCAAGCCUGGUGGUCAACUCGAUGAUGGCUUGAAAGCGUACGCGAUCAAAAAAAAUUACGCCACAAACGAUUUCGCGAAUCAGUUGAUCGGAGUCUUCCACAACAUGAGCGCCACGCUGAACGAUGCUGUGGCAAACACGCGAGUUUUUGAGAAAAGCAAUCACGUUCUUGAUGGCUUUAAAGUCCGGGCUGGACUCGGCAAGCGAUUGGCCGAUUUGGGAGCCGCUGCGGACAAGGAUUUCCAGGCUUGCAUCGCGGAGUUUGACUUGUUGACAAAAGACAAGAAUGCGGUCACAUGGAGUGAUGUAAUCAAUCAUAAGUACACCACUUGCAACCCAGCCAUCCUCAACUACGUCUCAAAUGUCGUUGUUCCAGGCUUAUUGUUUCAAAUCGUUAACAUCUACGAUCCAUUGGUGCCCGAGGGGAAAACGACGGAAUUUGAAGCGACAACCGGGGCGGCAGCUGGAGCAAAAGCUGGAGGAGGAUUGUUGAACUUGGGCGGUAUUCUUGGUGGAGUGACUGGAGCGUUGGGUGGAGUCACUGGGACUCUCGACAAAACACUAGGAACAGGGCAAUUGUUGAGUAGAGUGACUGGCGCUUUGACGGGAACAGUUAACGGGAUCACAGCCACACUCGACCACAUCGUGUCAAUGAAAGAGAUCAUCCCAAAUCCACCGACAAGCUUGGCGCACGUUUUGAACGUUUUCGACAUCGAUGAA